AUGUAUGAACCUACUACAACACGAUCUACUAUCCGCUUUAUGAAGGCGCUUCCAUUUGACAUUGUCAGCGAAAUCUUUUCAUACCUUACACAAGAUGACUGCAUCAAAAUCAUGUCUGUUUCCAAAUCGUGGUACGAACGCCGGUUAAAGAACCAGCGGUUCCUGCGAUGUCUGGGUCCUCACGUCCGCAAAGCUGUUUUAUCUGCAUCUAGCAGAGACGAACUUUCCAUGUUCCUUGCUACCCUGCUUGAAUAUACAUGCGAUAUCCAGUCCAUAGUUUUCCGAUGUUGCAAAGUGGUCCACAAAGACGUUUACCAAGUAGCAUUACGACCCUUUUUAAGCACGCUACGAGAACUUUCCUUUGAAGAUCAUCCCUAUCGGCUGUCGCCAAUGCAUAUGAUGGCGUCGUGCCCCAACCUUACACAUUAUACCUACCAUUUCAGCGACCGUCCUGACUACCAUACCUAUUCGCGCGUAUCAUCCAAACUACUUCCAGAUACUCUUCAGCUAUCCAUCAAAUACCUCUGCCUCAACACUGGCUCAUACAGUGACUUUAGACUUGGCGCGAUCCUACAUCAUUGUCCACAGCUCAAAUGUCUUGUCGUCAACUAA